CGGCAGGGCCGCCCGACUGACCACUGACUUUAGGUAGCUAGCGGCGCGGCAUCAUGGACCUGGUCAUCACGCAGGAGCUGGCCCGCGCUGAGAGCCACCAAGACCAGGCGGCCCUGAAGCGAGCCUAUGAGCUCAUCAAGUCCGCCAACAUGGGGAAGUCGGAGUUCGACCCGUUGGAGAGCUUCAGCCCCGACCUGUUCGUGCUGUGUGCAGAGCAGGCCCUCAAGAUGGGGCAGCCAGAGGUGAGCGAGGACUGCAUCCAGAUGUACUUCAAGGUGAAGGGACCAGUCACCCAGUUUCUGGGCCGAGCGCACCUGUGCAGAGCCCAGCUGUGUGCCCCCAAGUCAUCAGACAACCUGGAGGAAUUUGAAAAUUGCGUAACUCAGUACAUGAAGGCUAUAAACUUUGCAAAAGGAGAGCCCAGGUACUACUUCCUGGUGUACAACGCCUCUGUGCUGUACUGGCACAUGGUGAGGCCAUUCCUCAAGCCUGGAUGCCACCAGUACGUGAUCCCCAGCCUCUCCCAAAUCGUCAGCGUGUUAAACCAGACGGAGGAAGAGGACAAGGAGUGGCGGGCAGAGCUGAUGCUGGAGCUUCUUGAGUGUUACCUGCAAGCUGGGAAAAAGGAGGAGGCGGCCAAGUUCUGCUCCACGGCAGCACCCUUCAUAAAAGCCCGGGUGCCCCAGAAGUAUCAGCAGAUGUACUCGGUCAUGGUUCGUCAUGAAUUAAUGGACGAGCUUCAGUUAAAGAUGGAAAGGAAACAUUCCAUUAGCCUGUCAGUGUCUUUCCACAUUAACUCCCUCAAGGCAAAGCUGGAUAAAAAUGACUUACCAGAAGACGCCUGUUCGAUUCUGAAGAGGGCCUACAGACAGUUAGGUCUGUACAACCUCCAGCGCUUUCCCGCAGUCAGAGAAGAAAAAAUGCUUUUGCUUUUCGAAUUAGCUCAUUUCUCUCUGACCUUGAAAUGCGAGGAGAUCACCUCUGACUGCCUCUCGGACCUGAAGAAAAUGGACAGCAAAGACCCUGGGAAGCUGAUCGAGAUCGAGUGUCUGGAGUGUGAACUCGAAGCCUCCAGACUUGAGAAUAAAGUUAGAGUCUACCUCCGGACAGCUGUCGAGGCCCAGCUGAGCAUUGUCAACAGGCUGGACGUGGUGCUGCAGCGUGCUGUCCGCCUGGGUGACCCCCGGGCCAUCCAUGUGGUGUGCACCACUCAGUGGAAUGCCUGCCUGCCCCUGCUGCAGCGCAGCCUGCGGCACCACCUGCGGAAGCCACUGACCGCUGUGGCAGAGAUCCUGGAGAAGGUGGACAGCCUCAUGACUCUGCUCCGCUGCCAAGUGCACAUGGAGAUGGCAAAUAUCGAGGAGGAUGAGGACCGGAUGGAGCCUGCCAUGGAGCACCUGCAGAAGGCCAUGCAGCUGGAUACCCUGGGCCUCUACCAGGACAGUCUCAAGAUGGCCUUCUCUCGGCUGCACCUGUGCACCAUGCUGUACCAGUCUCCUGAGCGCCCCGAGGACAGGGCCAUCAUGAUCAUCGAGCAGGCACAGAGAGCCAUCCCGAAGGACAGCGUGAGGAAGAGGCGGGCCCUGCUGGUGAACGCAGGCCUGGCCCUCGCCCCUGACACCUUCCAGAUCGUACUGGACAGCGAGAACGAGGCCAAAGUUUCCACUGGGAAAACCAGAGGUAGAUUCACGUACCUCUUCGCAAAGGCCCGACAUCACAUGCUUAGUGUGGACAAGGCUGCCGGGCAUCUGCGGCGUCUGGGAAAUGAGAAUGACCAGGAGAGAAUCCAGAUUUGGGCGGAGCUGGCCAAGGUCGCCAGGAAGCAGGGAGUGUGGGACGUGUGCCGGACAGCAAGCCGCUUCUGCCUGCUGUACGACAGCAUGAAGGCCAAGAAGCCGUCGAGGCAGAAGCGAGGAAAGAAGAAGCGAAACACGGAAGGCUCUGUGCAGGACACCUGGGGCCCGCUGGAAGUGACGCUGCCGCAUCGGUGGCCCCACGACCUGCUGCGGAAGCUCGCGGAGGUGGGGUUCAUCAGUGCAGAGGCCACCAUCCACUUGCUGCGCAUGGAAGGUGUGGAGCUGAAUGACCAGGCUGUCCCCCCUGAGGACCUGAGCCAGCACCCAGCUGGAUACGUGCCUGAGCCCCCAGAAACGAACCCAGAGUGGAUCACAUACAGGACCUGGAUCGAAGGCCUGUCCGAGUACGCCAUGAGCAACUGGCUGCGCUCCGCGGAGAUCGGGCUGGAGAUCGGGGAGGCCUGGGUGGUGCAGAACGCCGCCGUCUACCUGCUGAACCACAACCACCACCUCAUCGUGGCCGGGCGGCAGCGGGAGCUGCUGGACCCCCUGCUCCAGCUCCUGAACAUCAUCAAGGCCUCCGACCGCCUCGGGGACCCGGUCAUGCUGGUGAUGCUGUGCAACGCGCUGGCCAGAGGCCUGAUCAUCAGCUGGAUCCCCACCCAGACGGUGGAGAAGGCAAAGAAAGUACUGCGACCAGCCACCGUGCACGCCCCUGCAGACCCAGGGGCGGCCUCUGAGAUCCGAACAGCCGUGGAGGUCUGCGAGUUUGCGCUGAACCAAACCAAUGGGGGUGUGCCGGAGGAGGCGGUGCCCACCAGCGUGCAGCAGCAGCUCAUCGCCACCUGGGUGAAGGCCAAGCAGCUGGCACAGCAGCAGAUCGGGCCACGGCUAGGCACUGACGAGCAGAGUGCCAACGAGGACAGCAGCUCUGUGACCAGGGUCCUCGUGGCUCUGGAGAUGUACUCCUGCAACGGGCUGGGCCUCAUGGACUUCACCGUGCCGGCCCUGGCUCAGGUGGUGAAAAUGGCCUCCGAGUGCACCUGGUCAGAGCCUCUGGUGGAGCUGCAGACACUGACCAGGCUGACCCACUUUGCCUAUGCGGCCCAUGACCAUGAGCUCACCAUGACCUGCUCUCAGAUGGCCACACAGUUGGGCAUCAAGUACCUGAGGAUGUUGGGUCCGGUGGAGGCCCAGCUGGUGGCGGAGAUGCUGUGCACAGCCACCUGCAUCCAGGGACAGAGCAUCAUGGAGAACCUGAAGGGGCGGAAGCAGCUGCGGCUGGCAGCGGCCAAGGCCUUCAUGGAGAGUGCCAGGUUUGGGGGCCUGGCGGGCAGCAGCGCCCUGGUGAUGCUGGCUGCCCGGCACCACUGGAACACCUGGCUGCCGCUCCUGUCCUCGGCCGCCAACAGGAAGAAGGCCAGGGGGGCCGUCCAGAAGAUCAUCAGCAUCAUUAACAAGACGGAGAACAAGAAGCAGGAGAAGGGACGCACGCUGCUCCUGCACCAGUGGCCCACGGCGGACUUCCAGAGCAGCAGGAUGGGUGCUGAGGGCCAUUUUCUCCCAGGGGCUGAGGAUGACCUCACGCUGCGCGCUGCCCUCUACGGCCUGCUCUUCCACAGCCACGCUGACCAGGACGACUGGGAGGGUGGCCUCAAGGUGCUGGACGAGGCUGUGCACGUGCUGCCUCGCACUGCCCACCGCCUCUUGAUUUUCAAACACAUGGUCAUCGUGAAAGCCAAACUUGGCCAGAAUUUUACCAUGGAAAUCCAGAAGUUCAAGGACGAAAGCGAGGACUACCUGGCACGCAUGUGGCACCGCCUGGCCCUGAACUCGAAGACCGUGUGCGGGGAGCUGACCUGCUACGAGAACGCCAUCCAGGCACUGCAGAAGCCCGAGAGCGCGUGGCAGAAGGUGGACUACAUUGUGGAGUUCAGCCAGUGGCUGUACUACCAGCAGUUUCCUCUCGAGGACGUGGUCUCCCACCUCAACUGGGCAGUGGAGAUCCUGAUGGCCAUGAAACCCCACAGAGAUGACCCCGAGCCAGAGCCCAAGCUGGAGCCGGGGCCGCAGGGGGACUGUGACUCCAUUCAGACCCCAACCGAAGAAAACCCCUCAACCCAGGAGCCCAUCUCCUGGGAGCAGCUGUGGAACGUGAAGCAGCUGGACGCGCUGGCCUGCGUGCACAUCCUGCGGGCGCUGAUGGGGACCCCCAGCUCUGCCCACCACCAGGAUGACUGCCUCCUGGCCUACACCUUCCUCAGGCACAUCCUGCAGAUGUCUUUGUUGACAGCAGGAAAAUCGAUUCUAGAAAAUAGAAUUCUAACAACAGCCAGUUCACAUAUAUCAUUAUCUAAAAAAGAGAAGGAGAAAGGUAAAGAGAAGGAGAAGGAGAAGGUCAAGGAGGAGAAGGAGAAGGAGAAGGUCAAGGAGAAGGAGAAGGUCAAGGAGGAGAAGGAGAAGGCCAAGGACGGGAAACAGUCUCAGACCUCGGCUCCUAGCAAGCCGCUUGAAGAUCUGCCGGCCAGCAUGGAAGAGUGGGCCUGCUACUCCUGCCCCGAGGAACUGCUGGCGGUGCUCAGGCAAGACAAGAGUGACUUGGCCGUGAACGCCACCACCAUCCAAAAGCCGACGUACACUCUGUACUACCUGGACCGCCUGGUCACGGCCCUGCAGAGGAUGUUCCUGCACGAGCUCACCAUCCCCAUCCUGCAGCUGGGGGCCCUCAUCGCCAGCGUCGUGGUGGACAGCAAGAGCCUGGCAGACCUCUACCACCUUCGACUUGCCUGCGUGUGCUGGGACCUGAGGCUGACCGCAGCGGCCACUCACCACGAGGCGGUGGUUGGGCAGGCAUACAUCGGCGACAUGGAGCAGGCCAGUUGCAGGAAGGAGAUUGCAUUGAGAAAGGAGAAAAACAAGGAGCCCGUGCUGGAAGAAAGCCUGCCGGUGGUGCUGGAGCCCGGGGCCCCCCGCCAGCCUGAGGAGGCCAAGCCGCUCGUAGCACAGGACAAGAUUUUGAAGAUGAAUGAAGAGACCGGGAGGGGCCUGGAUGGAACGUCCUACCCCCAGCUGUGGCUGCUCAAGGCCGAGGUCCUGCUGGAGAUGAACCUGUACCAGCCGGCACGGCUGCUCCUGUCCGAGGCUUACCUGGCCUUCCAGGAGCUCGAUGACCCCUGUGCAGAAUCACAGUGCCUGCUGCUCCUAGCUCAGCUGGCCAACAAGGAGAAGAACCACGGACAAGCCAAGAGAAUGAUCGAGAGGGCCCAGCAGCUGGGCGGAAGUGAGGAGUUCUGGUACAACUUGACCCUGACUCUGGCCGAUGCCAUCUUGUCCUCGGAAGACCAUGGGAAAGAAGUCGCGGUUUGCCGCCUAUUUAAGAAGCUCAUAGAUGUCCUCAGCGUCCUCCAGAAAGAAAGGCCCAACCGAGUGCACAUACUGGAGUUCAUCACCACCGACCUGGAGGCCAGAUGCCUUCAGAUCCAAAUCACCCAGAACUCAGAGGAGAGCAAAUUUCCUGACUGCCGGUUUUUGUUCAAGAAGAUGGAUGAUCAACUGCUGGAAAUUGAGGAAAACUUUGUUAAUUGUGGUUACGAGGAGAACUGUGUCAAUAUAAAAGUAGAGCGUGCAAAGAUACGGAGGUUUUGUGCCCAAAAUGAGGCAGACAGAGAUCAGAAAGUCACACACUACUUGGAAGCUUACGACUUGACCCAGAGAGCUGUGGCUGAAGAGGAAGAGCUGUUCCACAGGACCCGCGGUCUGCUGGCCCAUCAAGAGCUGCAGAACGUCAACACCCCUCUGAUGAGGAAGCUGGCCCGGCUCAGGCUCGGCCUGGUGGAGGUGGCGCUGGACCUGCUGCAGCUCCUGUGGGAGGAGGGGCUGGCGCAGCUGGAGCAGCCGUCCCUGGAGAAGCUGCUGCAGAGCUACCUGCGGAGCACCAGCGAGGGCACGUCCAUCGGCCUGCAAUGCUUCACCCUGAAGCGGACCCUGGCCCACACGGCGCUGGCACAGCUGGAGAGCCUGCAGCCUCUGAGCGCAGGCUGUGUGGAGAUCCGCGCGCAGCUCCUGGGCCUGGCCGGGAGGGCCCUGCACCUGCUGGCCAUGCAGGCAGACCCCCUGCGCCCCUCCUCCUGCUGGGAGGAGGGCCUCUUGGUGGGCGCCAAGCUGAGCAGGCUCCGGUCUCUAGAGCAAGAAGCGGAGAACAAGAGUGCCAAGGCCUCCCUCAGGGACCUGCCAGCCUUCCGAGCCCCGGCCGAGGACAGCCGGAAGGGCGAGGAGCUGAAGAGACGGAUGGCGCUAGCCCAGAGGUACCUGGCCCAGACCUCCGAGGUGCUGCUGCAGUGCCUGCAGGUGGCCCUGGACAGGGGCCUCCUGGGCAUCGCAGCCUCUGCCAGCCUGGAGAUGGUGGAAUGCAUUGGCACCCUGGACCCUUUGGCCACCUGCCAGUUCCUGACUCUGUCUCAGAGCUGCUCGGCCUCCGAGAUGAUGCGGAGUGUCCUGUCCACAGCCACGGCUGACACCAGCAGCUCACAGCUGGCGGCUCUGCUGCAGCUCCAGCACCAGCUGAAGCUGCAAGACAAGACUUCCACCAGCCUGUUCACCAGCGUGGUGCAGAGGCUGGCCACCAUCUCCAAGGCCUGGCAGAACCUCAGUGUCACGGAGCAGCACUUCAACUUCCUGCAUGAGAUUCCGCCCACCUUCCGAGUCCUCUUUCUGCACCAUUCACAAGACAGAACCCGGCUGUAUGGCGCUGCCUACGAGAGACCCAAGUCCCAGCCCACAGCCAAGGGGAAGGUGCAGGAAGUGGGCGGCCACUGCAAGGUCAUUCGAGUGACUGUGAGUCCAGCUGCCCUCUCAGACCUGUUGGCCAGUGCCCAGCAGUACCAGGAGCAGAUCCAGGACCAGGUGUACAGUGAGGACACCACCCAGAACCCAGGCAUGGAGCCCGCCAGCCCGCCCGCUGAGGAGCGAGGCCCCAGCCCGCCGAGCAUCAGCAGCCUCCUGGAACCCAUGGAGCAGUACCUGAAGCCGCUCUUCCCCCUGCUCGGCCUCCCAGAGUCCAGAACCCAGAUUCCCGUGGUUAUGGCCGACCCAGGGAAGCCAAAGGGCAAAGAGAAGGAACGGAAAAUGUCUAUCUUGCAAGCUCAGCCCGAGGCCCCCAGCAGCGUGAUCUUGGUGGCCGACCAGCACCUCCUAGAGCUGCCCCUGGAAGGACUCUCCGUGCUGCACGAGGGGGCGGCCUCCUCCGUGUCGCGGGACUUCUCCCUCCAGAUGCUGUGCCAUCGCCUCCACCGGGAGGAGGCAGAAGGCAGCAUGAGAAAGGAAGGCAGAAGCAGAGACUUCAAGAGGAAAAGCCCCGCAAAGAGGGGCAUGAAGGGCAUGCUCCGGGUCAUCCCCCCAGACUGCACCACCAUCGACGCAGACGGCUUCAAGUUCGUCGUAGACCCCUUCGAUGAGGUCCAGAGCAUCGGCGCCAUGGAGAUGGUGGCUCCUGUCUCCGUGACUCGGGACAUUUUGGAAAGAUUCCAAGAAACAUACACUAUGCGAUGGUUGGGCCAUCUGGGGAACCAGAACUUUCCAAGCCAGGCAGAGUGGGAGCAGGUGCUGGGCAGCUGCAAAGGCUUCUUCUUCUAUGGGAUGGAGAGCUUCCUGUCCCACGUAUUAGCGGACAGACUGGCAGCCAUGAACCUGCAGGAGUGCCAGAUGAUGGUCCUGCUGCACCUGACGCGGUCCUACGAGAGCCUGCGGCGGUACAGAGAGGUCUUGGAGAGCAAGAGGUGCCUGGUGUCCCUGCCCAUGAGCAGGGCCUGGGAGGGGGACGCAGGUGUGCCCAGUGGUGGAGACGCCCACCGGCAAGUCCAGGCAGCAGGAUGGACAUUCCUGCACCCCACGUGGAAGGAACUCCCCGGAGCUCGAGGUUCCCGGGUCUGCUCCCUGCCUGUGCUGGCCGAGGCCCUGGGGAUGGGGUGGAAGAGGCUGCUCCAGAGGCUGGGGCCUGACCGAGGCUUCAGGGCCUGCUGCAGUGGGCUGGAGGACAGAGGGGCUGCCGCCGGGAGGACGCCUGGCUCCAGCGUUUCCCCUUCUCACACUCUGGGGCAGGCAGGGUGGCUGAGUGCGAAUCCCGCCCUCACCCACAGUGCCAGCUUCUGCUGUAGGUCCCACCCAGGGUUUGGCCACACAGAGAAAUGCCAUUUUUGUUAAACGGUGCUGAACUUGGUGGAUGAAAUGAUUCCCAACAUGCACAGCAGCAGCUGGUGUGGUCUGGGCUGGUCUCGGCUCAGCUGCAUGAGCUGGGUCCCCACAGCACCUCGCAGCUGUCCUUGGAGAAGCCCGUCCAGACUGCGGUCCUGCUGAGCCUGGUGGGGGUCCAGACCAUUGUGUCCAACCAGUGGCCGACAACGCUGCAGGACAACGCGCUGCGGGCCAACUUCCUGU